GGGAGAGUGGUUCAGCGCAGUUGCAGAAUUUUAACAUUUCGCCGCGUUUAUUUGCACGUUGGAGUUUGACAUGGAAGAGGUGAACAAGCUAAUCGGCAGUGGCAAGAGGCACCUCGUCAUGGGGAACGCCGUUGAAGCCGUCAAUGUCCUGCAGGAGGCCUGUGGCGUGCUAGCCAAAACGUUUGGCGAAACAGCGGAUGAAUGUGGAGAGGCGGCGUUCUUGUAUGGCAAAGCUCUGCUGGAGCUGGCAAGGAUGGAGAACACGGUUCUGGGGAAUGCUCUGGAAGGUGUGCCAGAGGAGGACACGGAAGAGGAAGAGAAAUCCCAAGACUCCAGCAUUGAGAGCCCAGAUAAUAUGGAUGAGAAGACCAGGGAUGAACUGAGGGUUCAAGUAUAUGAUGCCAUGGCAGAGAAGAAAACCGAAAACCCAGAAAAGGCAGGAGGAAAGGAUGGGGAUGCAGAAAACAACAAGGAAACUGUAGAUGGACAAAAAGACACAGAUAAAAAAGAGGGCGAUGAGAACGAAGGAACAAAUGGCCAUGCUAACAGCACCAACACUACUGAAGGUGAAGAGAAAGAAAAUGAGGAGGGCUCUAAACAUGAAGGGGAAUCAACAGAUGAGCCAGAAGAUGCAAAUGGAGAAGAAGAAGAAGAAGGAGAGGAGGAGGGGCACGAUGAUUCAGAGAUCGAGGGUGAUGCAGAAGGACAAGGUGAAGGAGAUGGAACUGCUGUUAAGGAUUGUGAUGAUGAGGAAGUGGGUAACCUGCAGUUGGCCUGGGAAAUGUUCGAAAUAGCUAAAAUGAUCUACAGAAGGAAGGAGACUAGGGAAGACCAACUCAUGGCAGCACAAGCUCACCUGAAACUGGGAGAAGUUUCCUCAGAAUCAGGAAACUACACUCAGGCUGUGGAAGACUUUCAGGAGUGCCUUAACUUGCAGCUAAAACACUUGGCCCCCGAUAACCGUCUCCUUGCUGAGACUCACUACCAACUGGGCCUGACCUGCGGUUUCCUCUGCAAACACACCCAGGCUAUCGAGCACCUCAAGAGCUCGAUCUCGGUCAUUAAGAGCAGGCUAGUAAAACUGAAGGAGGUGAUUGACAAGGCCGAGGGACCAGACUCUGUACCAGACGAGAGGAAGGAGAUGGAGGAACUUGAGGUUCUGUUGCCGGAGAUUGAGGAGAAAGUGGAAGAUGCCACAGAGAGCUUGAAAACUGCUAACACUGACGCUGAGACCAUGAAGGACGCUCUCGAUGGUGGUUCCACGUCCUCGGCAUUCCCUGCUUCUAGUGCUCAAAAUGGCAAAGUUCCUAAUUCUGUGAAUGCUGUAAAUUCAACCAAUGCAAUCAAUCCUGCCAAUGGAAAUGCCCCCUCUGCUCCAGUCUCUGACAUCUCACACCUGGUCAGAAAGAAGAGGAAGCCAGAGGACAGUCCAGUGAUUGAGGGUGUAGCCAAGAAGGUGAAGCAGGAAGAGCCCCAAACCAAAGGAGGUCAAGGGUCUCAUACUAAUGAAGUUCACAAGACCAAUGGAGAUGCAGCUGCACACACCAACAAAAUGGAGGUGGAGCGGUAAAUAAACCUACAUUCUGCUGGCUGGUAACGGGCUUACCCUACAAACAUUGGAGCCCCAGCUGCAAAACUUUUCCCCUCUGUAUUUCUUCCUGUUUGAGUUUUGAAUUCGCCUCAUGCGUAUUCUAACAUCAAAUUGAGUUUUCCUCAUCAAUGGGUGACUAAACUGAAUGUACUAUUCUCUUUAGCAUAUCCCAUCAUGCAUUACUGUUUAUGUAAAAUAAUGAAAGUGGCUUCUGACUUUGAAUAGACACUAAUUGCAGGGAGAAAACGGUAUUACGCU